UAUCCCGUCCCUCUCGUCGCCCUCUCUUAAACCUUCAACGACUUUCAACUCUCUCUUUCUCUCUCUCAGAACCAAUUAGGGCUUCUUUUCCCCCUCACUGUUACUAAAAAAAAACCUCACAGAACUUCUUCCUUCCUCCAUUAAUGGCUUCCACCUACGAAUCCUAAACCUCAAAUCCACCAUUUCUCUCAAUUCUUCUAUUUUCUCUCACUAAUUCCUCUCUAUUUCUUCUCUUUUCCUUCCCGAUUAUGGAGUUAAGCAAGCUCACCUUAGAGAUCUUCACCAAACUCGAGCAGCAAUGGCUCUCUCAUCAAUGCGACGCCGUCAAGAAGAUUCGCAUUCUCUGCAUCGACGGCGGCGGAACCACCGCCACCGUUGCUGCUGCUUCACUCAUUCAUCUUGAAGACCAGAUCCGCUUCAGAACCGGCGAUCCUCACGCUCGCAUUGCCGAUUUCUUCGACCUCAUUGCUGGUACUGGCGUUGGAGCUAUUCUCGCUUCGAUGAUUGUAGCGGAUGAUGGCUCUGGUCGUCCUCUGUUCUCUGCUAGGGAUGCUGUCAAUGCGAUUUCCUCUAGGAACUCGGAGAUGUUUAGAGUGAAAUUCGGUAGUGGAAUUUGCCGACGACGGAGAUUCUCUGGUAGGUCUAUGGAUGGAGUGUUGAAGGAGUUUUUUAGAGGUGAGAAUGGAAAGGAUUUGUCUCUCAAGGAUACUUGUAAGCCUCUUUUGAUUCCUUGUUUUGACCUCAAGAGUUCGGCUCCUUUUGUUUUCUCUCGUGCCGAUGCUUCUGAAUCGCCGAGUUUCAACUUCGAGCUCUGGAAAGUCUGCCGUGCUACGGCGGCGACGCCGAGUUCUUUUAAACCGUUUCAUCUCACUUCUGUUGAUGGAAAGACCUCUUGCACCGCCGUUGACGGCGGCUUGGUUAUGAACAAUCCAACCGCUGCCGCCGUCACGCACGUUCUCCACAACAAACGCGAUUUUCCGUCUGUCAAUGGCGUCGAGGAUUUGCUUGUUCUGUCGUUAGGUAACGGAUCGGCGAGUGGUGGCAAUGGUAAGGUCCGCCGUAACGGUGAGUGCUCUACCUCCGUCGUCGUCGGCAUUGUACUUGACGGCGUCUCCGAUACCGUCGAUCAAAUGCUUGGAAAUGCUUUUUGCUGGAAUCGAACGGACUAUGUGAGAAUUCAGGCAAACGGGUUAGUGGACGAAGAAGGUGAGGUGUUAAAGGAGAGAGGGGUUGAAACGUUGCCGUUUGGCGGGAAACGGUUACUAACGGAGAGUAACGGGCAGAGAAUUGAGAGCUUUGUGGAACGGUUGGUGGCUUCAGGGCGGAGCAGUCUGCCGCCGAGUCCGUGCAAAAAUCUGGCUGCCGUCAGCCCACUUUCCGGCCGUUGAGUUCAAAUAUUAUGAACAUAUAUAUUUUUUUUCUUUUUUCUUUUUUUCUUUUUGGGAAGGAAAAAAAAUUAUUGUUGUUAUUAUUUUAUUUGAUCUUUUUAAUUUUAACAUGUAACCUACCUCAGGUUCACAUUUUAACUUCCGUUUGAGUUAGUUAUGGAGUAGCCGCUAAUUGGAAGUAA